GGAGGAGGAGGAGGAGAGAGAAGAAGAAGAAGGUUGUGUGGAGGCGCCAUGGCCUUCCCCUCCGAGGCCCAACUGGACUCCCUCAAAUACUCCGACCUCCAGCGCUUGGCCAAGAGUCUGGGCCUCAAGGCCAACCUCAAGGCGGACAAGCUGUUGAAGGCCUUGAAGCUAUACUUUCAGCAAGAGGAUCAGGACGAAAGCAGUGGUCCCUCUCCCCCUGAGCUCCCCAAAGGUAACCCGGAGGACGUGGAGACCGGUAGCUUUGUCACCAAUCGGCGGGGCAGAGGCAAAGGAGCCCCAGAGGACGGGCUGGAAGAAGGCGUCGAGAUGGACGAGUCGCAGCCGUCCGCAGGAAAUCCGCCAUCGCCUGUGAAGGACAGAGGAAGCGAGCCCGGCGGGUCUCCCAAGCAGGAGUCCCGCGCUGAAGAUGUCGUAGCCAUCGCCGACGCUGCGAAUUUAGCCCCGGAGAACUCGAACGGCUCCGUCGCGGGAAGACCUGGAGUAAGAGGUGAGACCUUGUCCGCCGUCCCUCCGGAGGGAAGGAUCCCCCGCUACGUGGGCCGUGGGAGCAGAUGUGGGAAAACCCACACCAAGCCGACGACUCCAAACUUCAGGAAACUCCACGAAGCGCACUUCCAGAAAAUGGAAUCCAUCGACACCUACGUGGAGCGGAAGCGGAGGCGGCUGGAGGCCCUGGACGGCUCCGUCAAGGAGAUGAAGACGCUGACGAAAAAAGCCAACCUACUGAGGACACCCCAGAGCAGCGCCAAGAAACGGACGGGCGGAGGGCUUCUGCUCAGCCCGGCCCCCAUCCGGGGCCGACCUUCGGCCUUCACUCCCGGCGUCCUGCGGCGCUCUCCACGCACCCCUCUCGGUACCGCCAAUAAGAGCAUCUUGGGCCCCAAGUUGUCCUUCAAGCCGUCGGUCCUGUCAGCCACGAAAAUGAAUGUCAGGUUCUCCGCGGCCACCAAGGACAACGAGCACAAACGGUCUCUGACGAAGACCCCGGCCAGAAAGCCCUCCACCGCGGACAGGGGCGGAGACCGCAAGGAGCGGGAGAGACCCGCGGCCCAAGGGAAGAACGGGCACGACUCUGCCGCUGCCGUGGCGCCGUUCGUCUUCACCGCCGCGACGGCGCGGACCCCGGUGACCGGCAAGCCGACGUUUGACCUCAAAGCAAGCCUGUCCCGGCCCCUUCGCUACGAGCCACACAGAGGCCGGCUGAAACCGUGGGGAGAAGCCAAGGAGAACACGAGUCAGAGCGAGUGCGCCUCGAGGAUUGAAUUCCACAAAAAAGCCUACAAGCAGCCCCGUCUCCAGACCAGGGAAGAGAAGCGGAAAAGGCAGAACCAGGAACGGAAAGGGAAGAAAGCAAGUGUCCUGGGAGCCCGGCGCGGAGUGGUCAUGGCGGCAGACGACUAGCUUCAUCUCUAAGGAAUCUGUAAAUACCGUCCCCGUCUCCUCCUCCUGUAAAUAUGUCUGUGUCGUGGUCAACUCCCUCUCGGCUCGCCCGGCUGCUUCGCCCCACUUCCCGCCACUCGUCUCGUUAGGUCCUCCCUCUUUCCCGCCGGUCCCGGCCUCUGGCUACCUCCCGGAAGGCCAUUCCUUCCCUCUCUCCCUCCGGGGUCCCGAGCAGGCGGCGGUGGCGGGGGGGAACGGGAACGGUCCGUCUAGCUGCCCCAAAUCCCGCUCGGCAGAGUCCGCGAGUCCGUCGUCCUUCCGUCUAGGGAAAGCGAGGAGAGGGAAGCCGCCGUUUAGGGGGGUUAAGCGACUUGGUCAAAACGAAGAACUCCUCUCCCCAACUUUAUUUGUGCGUGUGUAUGUAUAUGUGUCUCUCUCUCGUAUGAAUGAUGACUCGAAACUCUACUUUCAUGACAAGCACUUACCAACGUGGGCAAGCAUCUAGUAUUUACCCUCGACAAGUCGGCCUCUUGCAUGUUUUAAGUCUCCCUCUCUCUCGUACGAAUGAUGACGACUCGAAACUAUCCUUUCAUGACAAGCACUUACCAACCUGGGCAAGCAUCUAGUAUUUACCCUCGACAAGUCGGCCUCUUGCACGUUUUAAGUCUCCCUCUCUCUCUCGUACGAAUGACGACGACUCGAAACUCCACUUUCACGAGCAGCCCUUACCAACCUGGGCAAGCAUCUAGUAUUUACCCUCCACAAGUUUUAAGUGUUUCAUGUUUCAUGCAUGAAACAUGCAUGAAACUGCAUGUUUUGAGAAACGAGCUUUGAGGAACGAGCCCCGGAUCUGUACUCCCCCGCCGCGUGCCCCUGCCGUUAGACAAAAGAAAUUUGGAUUUUAUAGUGAUUGUAGGAAACAUGGGAUGUGUAUCCAAACAAGGCUCUUUUCUUUUUCUUUCUUUUUUUUUUUUGCGAGUUUUAUA